UACUGAGAUUCUACUGAACCCAAAAACCAGGAAAAACAGGGUCCAUUUCAGGAAGGCCUACAGAGGGAGGACUUAAUUUCUCAAUACAUGCAUAUAUCUUCAGAUUCCGUUUCUCUCUCUCUCUCUCUCGGAUUACACAAACACUAAGAGAGAGAAAAGAGAGGCAUUUAUUAUUAAUAUUCCAUGUUUACCACUAAUCACACUCCUUAAUCCCUCUCUCUCUCUCUCUCUUUCUUUAAUUACCCAUCUCAUCAAAUCAUCUUCUCUGCAUCCUUCUAUUUUUUAAAUUCUGGGUUUUGCUGGGUUUGUCAAAACCGGUAGUAAAAAGCUUCAAGGUUCAAACUUUUUCUCUGUCCUCCAUUUUUGUUGCUUGGAGUUGUGAAGUUCUCUGGUUGAAAAAAUGACCGUUGAGCGGGUACUCGAUGAACCCAGAGACCAGUUUCCCAUUGGGAUGCGUGUGCUUGCUGUAGACGAUGAUCCCAUUUGCCUCAAGCUCUUAGAGGCUCUGCUCCGUAGAUGUCAAUAUCAUGUUACGACGACGAGUCAGGCAAUCACUGCAUUAAAGUUGUUGAGAGAAAACAAGGACAAGUUUGACCUUGUUAUCAGUGAUGUGCAUAUGCCAGACAUGGAUGGAUUCAAGCUACUUGAGCUUGUCGGGCUUGAGAUGGAUCUCCCUGUUAUAAUGUUGUCUGUAAAUGGGGAUCACAAGCUUGUGAUGAAGGGAAUCACCCACGGAGCUUGCGAUUACCUCCUAAAACCUGUUCGAAUUGAGCAGCUGAAGAACAUCUGGCAGCACGUGAUCAGAAAGAAGGUUGAUUCAAAGGACCAGAACUCUGGCAAUCAAGACAAGUCGCACGCUGGAAGUGGCGAAGGAGGACUUGGGUCGGUAGGGAUGGGAAACUCAGAUCAGAAUGCAAAGCUCAAUAAGAAACGGAAGGAUCAGAAUGAGGGCGAGGAUGAGGAUCAUGAUGAGGAUGAAUACGAAAAUGACGAUCCUUCAACCCAGAAAAAGCCUCGCGUUGUUUGGUCUGUGGAGCUGCAUCGCAAAUUUGUGGCUGCUGUUAAUCAGUUGGGCAUUGACAAGGCUGUACCGAAAAAGAUUCUAGAUUUGAUGAAUGUUGAAAAGCUUACAAGGGAAAAUGUUGCAAGCCAUCUCCAGAAGUAUAGGCUCUACCUGAAAAGGAUCAGCUGUGUGGCAAACCAACAAGCUAAUAUGGUGGCAGCCUUAGGCACUUCGGAUUCUUCAUAUUUGCGAACAGCUUCUAUGAAUGGAGUUGGAAAUUACCAUGCAUUGACUGGACCUGCGCAGUUUCAUAACAACGGAUACAGAUCCUUCCCGCCUAAUGGGAUGAUUGGUAGAUUGAACACUCCUGCUGGUGUGGGUCUGCAUUGCCUUCCUUCAUCCGGAAUGUUUCAAUUGGGUCAUGCACAGAAUCCAAGCAACUCCAUUAAUGAUCAGCCAGUCAUGUUUCCUGGAAACCGUAAUGGAAAUAUGCUUCCGGCACACUUGGAACUUGAUCAGCAACAUAGUAGGGGUUCCACCUAUGACGCACCUAUUUAUCCCAAUUCCAGUGGUUUUACAGAUGGAAAAGUGACGAAUAGGUCAAAUGAUCCUUUCGGUCUUACAGACGACACAUUGUUAAGACAUACUCAAGAUUCUGAAGUCGGAAGAAAUCAUGUAAUGUUGCAGUCUUCUGUAUCAAUGACCUCCUUAAAACCAGAACUGUCGCCCUCGUUUCUGGAUCACAGACGGUUGAAUGACAACUGGCCAACCGCUGCUCAGUCAUCUGCAUUCCGGUCAAAUUCUUUCUCAGCACGCGACACUUUUAAACAACCUACUCUUCUUGUAAGUAACCUGAGGGACGAUAUGCCUAUGAUGUCCUCACAAAUUGGGAGCUCUCAGAUUGAUGUUUCUUGUAUAAAUUCAAUCUCCUGUCAAUCACAGGAUUCAAGAAUAGGAAUGCAGAUCCCGGCAUCUACAAUGAGCAAUAAUUCUGGGUCAACAAUUAACAAUGACCUGUUUAUGGGUUGGGAUGAGCCGAAGCAGGAUUCCCCUUUCCGCCCAGAUGUCAUGUGUAGCUCAAUGAACAACUUGAGGCCUGUCAAUGAUAACGUGGCUCCUUUUGACCAAAAUUUGGACGCUAGAAGCUCAGCCUUCCAAAGAAACAGCGACUUCAAUUCGAUUGGAAAACCAAAUUUUCUUGAUGUUGAAAUAUCAACUAUGGAUGCACCAUUGAAGUUGCAGCAGCAGGGGUACCUUAUGGACCAACGGAAGCCACAGGGCAGUUAUGUUCCCCACAAUGCUGGUUCGUUGGAUGAGUUAGUGAGCUCAAUGAUGAAACAGGAAAGGAGAUAAGGCGAAAUUACCGGAAGGUUGGUUCAAUCCCUGUGUAGUAUACUCUUUGAGGUCGUGGCGCUGUUCUUCGUAUUUGUCUUCGUAUCUAAUCAAUCUCAAGUUUUGUAUUUGAGUAGCAAGAAUUAGUCUCCAAUCUCUGAUCUAUGUAGUUGCUGAGUCAUAAGGGCUUUGUUUAAUCUGUAUGAUGAAGAGGCCUUGUCGUCCAGGCCCCGACAAUGUAUUAAGGAGUAGUUAAUCAUGUCUCUUUGACUACA